AGUAAAUCUUUAAAAAGUGCUGGCAAGGUAAACUUUACAGAUAGGAGUUGUACCUAGAGAACUAAUCUGUGCUUACCCCCUUUGAGAAGGGUACUCUGUAUCACCUCAGCUCUUAUGGAUAUAUGACUGAAUGCUGUGGCAAUUGCAAGUGGCAGACAGCCCCCUGUGGUUACCUAGGCUUGGAGGGAGCUGGAGCUACUGGGUUCUCCUUCCAUGGCUGACCUUGACCUUUUGGAGUACAUCUUCUACGACAACAUUUUGUCUUGCAGAAAGAGCCACUUACCACUGCCUUUGGCAUACACUCAGGCUGUAUUGCAGGAGGCUUCAGAAAUCAACUGUUCCCAUGUCUUUCAUAUGAGCAAAGAGUUUGGGGGAGGGAAUGAUCCCUGCUCAAGAUCACACACCAGAUCAGGAGAACAGCCCUGGACAGGACCUGGACUCCUGCUUCACAGGGCAGAUUCUUCUCAGCUCCCAGAAAGCCACCAGAUCCCGCAUGGAACCAGAGGCCCCAUGCCCAGCCUCCAUACCCUCAGUGGAGAGAAAGUUCCAUGUUCUCGUGGGUGUCACUGGAAGCGUUGCUGCGCUGAAGCUGCCUCUUCUGGUAUCAAAGCUUUUGGACAUUCCUGGGCUGGAAGUCACAGUGGUAACAACGGAGAGAGCCAAACAUUUCUACAGCCCUCAGGAUGUCCCCGUCACCCUCUACAGCGAUGCUGAUGAAUGGGAGAUGUGGAAGCGCCGUUCGGACCCAGUUCUCCACAUUGACCUGCGGAGGUGGGCCGACCUCAUGGUAGUGGCUCCCCUCGAUGCCAACACUCUAGGGAAGGUGGCCAGUGGCAUCUGUGAUAAUUUACUCACCUGUGUCAUCCGGGCCUGGGACCUCAACAAGCCUCUGCUCUUCUGCCCCGCCAUGAACACUGCCAUGUGGGAGCAUCCGCUCACUGCCCAGCAGGUGGGCCAGCUCAAGGCCUUUGGCUAUGUGGAGAUUCCGUGUGUGAGCAAGAAGCUGGUGUGUGGAGACCAAGGUCUAGGAGCCAUGGCUGAAGUGGAGACCAUUGUGGCUAAGGUGAAGGACGUGCUCUUCCAGCAUGGUGGCAUCCAGCAAAGUUGAAUAGGAUUUCUGCCGUGAUGUCCCUGCACCCAGUGAGUCCCACCUGAGCUGUUGAAGGAUGUCAGCACAGUGUGAAGAGCCCGUGCUUGCUGAGGAGGGGCUAGCCUGCACCUUCUCAGAGCCCGUGCUUGCUGAGGAGGGCUAGCCUGCACCUU